UAACUGCUUAAACAAACAAGGGGCAGAUGUUGAUGAGGUCCAUCUGCCAACUCAAAGUUGCCGGUUUUCCCUCUCAUUAUUACACAUUCCUUAACAUUCUCCUUUCUAUUCGGGGAAGUUGGAGAAGAAAGAUAAAGACAUCACCUCACCAUUCUCAACUCCUCCUAAACAUGGCUUCUUGCCAUGAUCAGGUGUUAUGAGUGUCCAUCAGAUCACCAACUUAAUUUAAUCCUCCUUUUCUACAUACAUCACCUUACUCAUUUCUGGCUUAUGCCAUGUACAUUGUUGAUGUUAAACAUCUGUUUCAGUUUCUGUGCCCUUCGUCUGUCCUUCCAAGAACCAAUCAUCACCAUUUCCUCGUUGGGGUUAUGAGGCUUUUGCCUGUCUUGCUUCUCAAAGACAAAGAAAGAGCGCUUCUUUUGGGAUAAAUUUCUCCCAAAAAAAAAAAAAAUCUUUUUUUCAGUAUUUAUGGUUGAUUUGUGUUGUCGGUGAUGAUAAACGAAAAGGGUUUUUGAUGCUCUGCACAAGAACAGGAAUUCUUUCUAUUUACAGAUGCUGUGGAUCUUGGAAUUUUAAUAUUGCAAGAAAAUGAGUUGCUUUCCAUGCUUCUCGUCCCAAGAAAAGAAAGCAUCCAAGAGAUUUAGUAGCAAGAGAAGGGAAUCACCACCCACCAGCCCACCCGAGAGGGAGCCACCACAGCGGCAGCUCUCUCAGGCAAGGCAUGAAAAUGCUAGAAAGACGACAAUAGAACCUGCACAUAAGGUAGCAGUCGAAGCUUCAAAUAACAGGGCUACCAACAAAGAGGGGGGGGAUUCUAAUAUUGCAGCUGAAACUUUCACCUUCAGAGAGCUGGCCUCAGCAACCAACAAUUUCAGGCAAGAAUGUCUGAUUGGCGAGGGUGGAUUCGGACGAGUGUAUAAAGGAUACCUUGAUAAAACCAACCAGACUGUAGCCGUUAAGCAACUUGAUCGCAACGGGCUGCAAGGGAACAGAGAAUUUCUAGUGGAGGUUCUGAUGCUGAGUCUUUUGCACCACCAAAAUCUGGUGAACUUGAUCGGGUAUUGUGCUGAUGGGGAGCAGAGACUUUUGGUUUAUGAGUUCAUGCCGUUGGGAUCUCUGGAAGACCAUCUUUUUGAACUUCCACCAGACCAACCUCCAUUAGCUUGGUGCAAGAGGAUGAAAAUAGCGGUACAUUCUGCCAAAGGUCUGGAGUAUUUGCACGAUAAGGCCAACCCUCCCGUCAUUUUCCGUGACCUGAAAUCAUCCAACAUCUUGCUCGACAGGGAAUUUAACGCAAAACUCUCCGACUUUGGGCUGGCCAAGCUUGGACCUAUGGGUGAUAAGAGUCACGUAUCGUCAAGGGUGAUGGGAACAUACGGCUACUGUGCCCCCGAGUAUCAAAGAACAGGUCAACUUACCGUAAAAUCGGAUGUUUAUAGCUUUGGUGUCGUGUUGUUGGAGUUGAUCACAGGGAAACGAGCUAUUGAUACCACAAGGGAACACGACAAGCAGAAUUUAGUGACGUGGGCUGAGCCAAUUUUCAAAGAACCAAACAGAUUCCAUGAGCUGGCUGAUCCAUUGCUUCAAGGAGACUUCCCAAAGAAAAGCUUCAAUCAAGCAGUUGCAGUUGCAGCCAUGUGUCUUCAAGAAGAAGCACAGGUCCGCCCUCUGAUCAGCGAUGUGGUGACCGCUCUCAGCCACCUUUGGGUUGAACCGGACAAGAGAUCGGCCUCAUCUGAUUCGGCUCUGUCUCAGCAGUUGAAAGAAGGAGCUGAGAGCAGCCAGAAUGAAACCUCGGCCACGGAAAGACAAAAAGCAGUUGCAGAAGCCAUAGCAUGGGGGUCUGAGUCGAGGUACGAUGCGUGAUAACGAGCCUUUAGUCCUCCAAGUGCUAAAACAGUGAUGUAUGAAUAGCUAUAGCACUGUUGAAGGAGGGUGAGAAGAUCUGUCAGAAAAAUUCUAUAUGGUAAACAUGCAUGAUUGUACCCUUUUUCCCAACUUAUAAUCAUGAUGAUAUAAUUAUGAUGUAUACAAAGUAAAAUGUUCCAAAAGUGGUGCAAGUAAAGGAGAAAUUUUCCGACA